AUGGAGGAGCUCCAAGACCGACUUGGCUACCACUUCAACUCCACUCCAUUGUUAGAAGAGGCUUUGCAUCCAGCUGGAACUCGUCCGCUGCAAGGCAACAAGCGUCUGGCACUCGUUGGAGACUCCGUUCUGUCCACUUCACUUCUGGACGAAUGGUACGACACAGAAGAUGGGGAUCACAUACUGCGAAAGAAUGCUUGCAACAAACAUUUGAGCUGCAAAGGUGAGGCGUGUGAGCUGGACGACUUUAUAACCGGCCAACCGGCACAAAAGGGUGAGAUCACUAAUGGCACUCGUGCGACGACGGUGGAAGCCAUUCUUGGCGCUGUUUGGAUUGAUUCAGGAAAGAACAUUCAUGCUGUCGAUCGUGUAAAAGCCAACUUGGGUAUCGAUCGGUAG